AUGUUAGUGGUGGGUCAUAAUUUCCUUGCAUUGAUGAUUUCUCUGAUUAUAGAUGGUGCCAUUUCGCUGACCCGGCAGCUGAAUAACUACAGGGAAUAUGAAAAUGAAGUGGUGAGUAUGGUGGGAAGAGCUAAAGCCAAUGCCAUAUUCUCUGGAGCCGUUCACCUUCUAAGUGCAGGGACCAGUGAUUUCAUUCGAAACUAUUACAUCAAUCCCCUUCUUAGAGUCUACUCACCUGAACAAUUCUCAGACAUUCUCAUGAUAUCCUACUCCACUUUCAUUCAGAACUUGUAUGGACUGGGAGCGCGAAGGAUUGGAGUCAUAAGCUUACCACCAACUGGGUGUUUGCCAGCAGCAAUCACCUUAUUUGGCUUAGGAAGAAACCAGUGCAUCCCAAGGUUAAACCAAGAUGCCAUUUCAUUCAACAAUAAGCUAAACAACACAUCUCAAAUUUUGAAGAGCAGACUCCCUGGUCUCAAGCUUGUAGUGUUCGAUAUCUUCCAGCCUGUCCUGGAUAUGAUCACAAACCCUGGUGAUAAUGGGUUCUUUGAGUCAAGAAGAGCUUGUUGUGGAACAGGUAGAUUGGAAACCUCUAUGCUUUGCAACUCUAGGUCUGUAGGAACAUGUACCAAUGCAACUGGUUAUGUGUUUUGGGAUGGCUUCCAUCCCUCUGAAGCUGCCAACGAGGUCCUGGCUGGCAAUCUACUUCAGCAGGGGUUUUGACCUCAUAUCUUGAAUCUAUAUCCCCAGUGGCAUAAUCUAAGACUACUGCACUCUCUUUAUCUUAUAAAUAUUAUGAUAUAAAAAAUAGGCAUUUAGUGGUUUUAGUUCCAGAAUAUAGUUUCCUCAUAGUCUGAAGUCUCCUAAGCUAUACGUGUUUCAAUCCUUUGUGUUAUGAGAUCAUUUAAGUAAGAUCAUGGCCCAGUUCUCUAAACUGGUCCAAGUUAGUAAAAUUAAUAUUGCAUGCACAAACCUGAAGUUAUUGAAUAUGCUUUCUUAAUGAUUUGCCAAAUAUUUUUUAUACAUGAAAAGAAAAAAAAAUCUAAUACGUCAAACUAUAGGUGGAAAUUACCAUCUUAGUGGAUAAUAUGAAGUAUCUUGGUUUAACCCUU